AUGGGAGUGGGCACCUUCCUGAGCAAGGUUUGUCAUGAACGGUGGCUCUUCCUCAUUAUGCUCUGUGCAGAGGUGGGAACUGCAUUCGCAGCUCGACGAAAGGACCUGGUGAAAUCUGCAGGGAUGCUGCAGAGAGCCAAUGAACUGUUUGCAGACCUCAAGGAGUAUCCCUUCUUCAGCUUUCGCCGCUGGCAGUCGCUGUACGACAUCAACACCAACUCUCACGUCUUUCCAGAGGGCUUCCGCCAGCGGCCUGUAUGGCCCACAAACUCCGUCCCCAUCGCCAUUUGGUUGGAGGAGAACUACCAAAUCUUCCGGCAGGAUCUUGAAACUCGGCUGCAGGACCUGAUCCUGAAUCAGAGCAGCUUUGACUCGCUUUACUUCAUGGGCCAUGUCUCCAUGACGCAGUUCUCAGGCCGUCGUGACUCCUGGGCCCCGCUCAACUUGAUCCACAACCGAGAGCUGGCGCCUCAUGCCUGUGAGGUGGCUAAGAGGAGCUGCGAGCUGCUGGCUGCACGGCCAGAAAUUGCACGCUGCCAUGCGAGGGACGUGGGUGCGGCUUUCGCUCGGCUGCAACCUGGCAUGGGGAUCAAACCGCACCUGUGGAAUGCUCCUCCCAGGCUAGCAGUGCAUCUCGGUCUCAUCACGCCCCCAGGCGCUACCAUGGCCGUGGGAGCUGAGGAGCUUCAUUGGGAGCAGGGCAAGGCUGUGGUCUUCGAUGACACGUAUAUCCACAGCGUCAGGCACGAAGGUGCGGAAGACCGAUACCUGCUUAUCGCAUGGUUUUGCCACCCCUGUGACACUAUGCACGCGGAAGUUCCUCCGGAGAUUUCGGAAAGCUUAUGCUUGCAGUAG